CAUGUCUUGCAGAGAGAGGCAGACAAAUGCCGUUACUUGAAGAUAGUAACGAUUUAGGCCAGACUGCAUUGGAUACUCAGGAUUACAAAUCUGCAGUCGACUGGUACAGUGAGGCUACUUAUAUCGAUCCAACCAACCCAAAGUGGCUAUCACUCCGAAGCAUGUGCUAUGCGCGUGUGGGUAAAGGCAUGCUAGCUUUGCACGAUGCUGAGCAAUCCAUUAAACUGAAACCGCAAUCGUGCCCCUGCCCCAAACCUCACUACUCUGUCGGAGAUCAUGGUAUAUCAUGGCAACUGUUCAAGAGGUACCACUUGGCAUCCAUUGCCUUCGUCUUGGAUCCCAAGGAAAAGGAAAACAGAGAAGCAUUUAGGGUUGCUUUGUUUGAAUACUUUUCUUGGCUGUAUCUGACGAGCUGCCCAGCGGAGCUGAUGACGUUUUUCCAGCACUUUAUGUAGAUGAAUCAUGAUGUUGUACAAAUACAUUAGACCAUGAUAUCAAUUGCAAAUA